CACACUCCAUUACUGCCGCUACCUUACCAUACCUGUUAGCUGCCUACAUACUUGGAUACGAUCUGCGUAAGCUACCCUACUCUUCAUUCCGGCCUGUAUAGUCUAGCCUUCGCUAUGGCUAUUUUCGAAAUUCAAUUUGUCUCAGAUUUUGUCUGCGCCUGGUGCUACAUCGCGAAGCGAAACCUGGACUCUGCCAUAACUUUCUACCAGAAGACGUACCCGGGCGGUAAGCACGACACGUUCGCCAUUACAUGGACGCCGUACUUCCUGAACUACAACCCCCACGCGCACAGCAUCGACAAGCUUGAGCUCGCCGACAUUAGGCUGGCAGACCAAACGCCCGAGCAGCGCGCCGCCCUGACCAGACGCAUGAACCGAGCUGGCCUCGCAAGCGGCAUUAAUUUCGACUGGGGAGGCAAGCUCGGCCCGAAUCCGGCGACGCGCGACGCGCACCGGCUGGUACACCUGGUGGGCACCGCGGGGGGCAGAUACGAUGGCGAGACGCAGCGCAACCUCGUCGAGGCAAUCUUCGACGCCUAUCACUGCCGGGCGCAGGAUGUCGCGAAUCACGACGUGCUACUGGAGGCUGCACGACGUGCGGGUGUUCGCGCUGGCGACGCCCAGGCCUGGCUGCAGUCCGACGAGGCGGGGGAUGUCAUCGAUCAGGAAGCGGAGAAGAACAAGAGUACGACGGCCCGCUCCGGCGUUCCCACCCUCGUCAUCCAGAACACGCAUCGUCCAGAGGGUGUUCCGGACGUCAUGGACUUGAUGGAGAUAUUCGUGCAGAUCAGAGAGGCCCAGUCGUAACGAACACGGACAGAGGGAUUGACCAGAUUAAGACACGCAAGGAAAGGGAUGAAGGGGGAGGGACAUUGGCGAGGGAGGGAAGCAAAAGCUUUGGUCGUUUUCAGACCUUCUCCCUACAGCUAGUUAGCUGCCCAGCAAAGAUUUGAGCUCAGGGAUCAACUCAACAGCCGUUACCUAAUUGUAGAUGAAACCCAAAUGGGAUCUUGAUUUCUCAUACCACAGCUAUUCGUCUUCAAGUGUACUAGCGAAGAAACUAGCCAGAGAGUAAGGGUGUAAAUAGCGCCUACGGAGAAGUUCAUAGAUGUACUAGCGACCAGUGUUAUGCUCGUCGUAUAGGCGACAUAUAAACGC